AUGAGUCUCAGAGAAUUGAUUGAACCACUCUUCGAACAAAGAGAUAGAAAGUUAGCAGCGUCAAGGCUUGCUUCUUGCAAAUAUACAGUCGCACCCCAUUCCGCAUCACCAACAACUACAAGUCCCUCACCAAUACCCUCCACUGAUAAGGCAAAUAAUCAAGGAGAGUCUGCAAAUCAUGAGCAAUAUAGGCUAAAAACAAGCCAAAGCCUUAAUGGGAUCGACGCAGGCGCUUCUCAGAGCCAAAACCAAGAUGAGCAUGGAGUCCCCGAUAACACACGAAAUACAGAACUUAGAUCCCACGAGAACUCCCAGAAAGCAGAAUAUGACUUGCCUCAAAAAAUCAAACAAACUCAGGGGACACUGAGCCCCACAUCAAGCUUGGAAUUGAUAUUUGCGAGACGGCUUGCCAAUUCUCUUCAAUCCCAAAAUAAGUUCUCAGAUCUUACUGGAAGGAAGAGAAAAAGAACUGAACAAGAUGAUGUCCCUAUUACUUCUAGAGCGAGCUCCUCAGUGCCGAGUAAGGUAUCCAACACAAACAAUCCAGUCGCCUCUACAUCAAAUCAGAAGAAUAGUUCCCACGCCAUCCUCAAUACACCUCGAACCUCAUGGUCAAAAUCAAAAGCUCUAGUUGUCGAGGAGCGAAUCGUCGAUACUAGCAUGACUUCAGAAUGGUAUAAAAAUAUUAACAUGAAGGAGAAAUAUAAACGGUCCGAUGAGGUGACAGUAUCUCACAUUAAGGAUAUUAUUAGUAAUUGCAUAGAAAGCUACUAUCAAGGUUAUAAUCCUAGCUUCUCCGAGUUGCGCACUCAAAUUCACAACAUGGAGCUCUGGACGCCCGAAUGGAUUAAGGGUGUCCUUUUGAGGAAAACUGGGAUCCUCGAAAAUAAAGGAUUAGUAAGGAUAAUUGAGGGUCCUGAUGCCGAUAUAUUUCCUUGGGAUAUCCGUGAUGAUGCCAAAGCUUUAUGGAUGCGGUGGAUCGUUGGUGAUACCGACGGCUCGCUGCUUCGCGGAAUCGUAAACGUAAAAAGAAAGUUUGACAAUAAUCAUCCAGGAACAUCUCGCACGGUAGACAACACAUACACUUGGAAGCGAGCAUGGGAAGUCAUCGGGAACAACGGACUGACCAAUGGACAAUGGUGGCCACUACGCGUUUGUACAAUUCGGGAUGGCGCACAUGGUGACCUUGAAGCAGGUAUCAGCGGCAAGCUCGGAGAGCAAAACAUUGAAGGUGCUUAUUCCAUUGUGCUAGCUGAUGGGGGUUACGAAGAUCAAGAUAGUUUGAAUACCAUUCAGUACUGUAGCACGCGCAGCAAAGACUCCCAGCCGACCCGGGGCACACAGAUGCUAAAUAAAUCUUGGCACGCAGGCCAUCCUAUCCGGGUUCUACGUGCUGCACCCAAGACUGCAGCGACAAAAAAAAUGAACAAAUAUCUUCCAAAAAAGGGUAUUCGUUAUGAUGGUCUCUAUCGCAUCAAAGAUAUGGAGAUCCUGGAUUCUGAGACAGCUUUCAUGCGCUACUCACUCCAGCGCAUACCUGGACAACAUGCUGUUCGCUGGGAGGGCGAACUAGCUCGGCCCACACCGCAGGAGCUGAGAGAAUUUAUGCUUCUCCAGCUAAUUGUAUGA